AUGACCCUUGACGGCCACCUGUAGGCCCACAUACGACUGAUAGACAAGAACCAAGACCACCCAGGGUUAGUGCGAAAACAUAUGGAACCAACCUUUUAUAACCGACUUCUUCUUUCUGUGUGUGUGGGGGGUGUGCGUGUGUAUAGGUAUAGGUACGGCGGUCAGAUUAUGGGUGCCAGCCAGCGGCUCUUUCUUGUGGAGUUGGAUCAGCCCACCCACUUGGAUGUGACCUACCACAACAGCAAGAGCAAGCAGCACACGGGCGUGUUUGUGUAUCGUGGCUGUGAGACGGGCAUGGCCAGGGAGCCGUCCGUCUGGCGGGGGGAGAUCUGGCACGACCAAACAAGAGGCAUCAACACGCUGCCCAUCUACAUCCCUGAGGCGGGCUUCUAUGCCGUGUUGUGA